AAGCCGUGGAAGGACGACGCGACAUCCUCAUGUCGCCUCUGGUUUGACUCGACGAGAAGAAUACCGAAGAAACUUGACCAGGAAUUUUUGAGGUUCGAUUGCGGAAGAUUUUUUGUUUUUGUGACAGAGCAUCGGCGCGGUGAUAUAAAAAAAGAGUAUCGACAUGGAGAAAGUUCUGGAGAAGCUAUUGGUCGCCGACAACGCGAUAAUCAAACAGGGUACGAUCGAGCUAAGGGACGCCUUCAAAAACCCAGAAUGCAUUGGAUUACUGGUCGCAGUUGUAGUUGAGUCGCCCAAACCCCAGAUAAGACAGUACGCGGCCGUUUUGAUGAGAAAACGUUUGAGCAAAGGGAAACAUUGGGCCAAGCUUUCUCCGGAAGUAAAAGCUAGCUUUAAGGACGCGAUGCUUAAGCGGCUUCUCAACGAACAAGAAACCUCCGUAAGAAAAUCGAUCGCCCAACUGAUCGGUACGGUGAUCAAGCACGAACUUGGCAAUAACGGAUGGCCGGAAGUACUGCAGUUCGUUCAACAAUCCGUAACGAGCGAAAAUCUCGCCGAUAAGGAGAUCGGCAUGUACACUUUGUCGACAAUGACUGAGGUAGCGCCACAAGCAUACCUGCCGCAUGCCCAGUCUGUGGUCUUCCUCUUGGAAAACACACUGAACGGGCUUCAGGACUUGGGACAUCCUGUAGCGUUCUACGUUCUACUGACGCUAACACACCUGGUGCCACUAGUAGAAGGAAACCAACCCAUGGUAAACUCUUAUCACCAAAUGAUGCCUCGGAUAAUUAGCGUUAUUCAGGCACUCGCAGUUACCAAUGAAGAACAGGCAGUCGAGGCCUUCGAGUUGCUGGAUGAACUCUGCGAACAGGCGAUGGAUGUAAUUUCCCCCCAUGUCAAGGCUCUCGUCAGCCUAUGUUUGACCCUUGGCGCAAACAAGACGCUAGACGACGCACUUAGAGUCAAGGCAGUUGGGUUUAUGGGCUGGCUAGCGAAGACUAAAAAGAAGGCAUUCGUCAAACACAGACUGGUCGAACCUGUCAUUGACAUGUUGUUCAACUUAAUGGCUGAACCGCCCACGGAUGAAUCCGACGAAGCUUACUUUUGCGAUAAUGUUGAUGACAGUACACCAAUGACUUGUGCGACACAAACCCUAGACCUUCUAGCUCUGCACCUUCCACCAGAAAAAUUAAUCCCUUAUGUUUUGCAGCACAUUGAGCCGGGACUUCAAGGAUCGAACAUGUAUUCUAAAAAGGCGUCGUACCUCGCGAUGGCAGUGCUAGCCGAGGGAUGUUCAGAAUUCAUUCGAUCAAAGUACCUCGAGUCGUUUUUGAGGUGCAUUUGUGGUGGAAUCACGAGUACAGAACCGGUAGUUCGCAAUGCUGCAUUGUUUGCACUGGGUCAAUUCGCGGAACAUCUGCAGCCCGAGAUUAGUCAAUACGCUUCUGAGCUGCUCCCAGUUCUGUUCGAGUACUUGGGACACGUAUGCUCUCACAUGCAGUUGCAAAACAACAGCAAGUCCCCACCGGUCGACAGAAUGUUCUACGCCCUAGAAGUUUUCUGUGAAAAUUUAAAUGAGGGACUUUUGCCUUAUCUUCCGAUACUUAUGGAGUGCCUUUUCAAAGCCCUACAAACACCUAAUGCCGAUAUACACGUCAGGGAACUGGCCCUCAGCGCCAUAGGAGCAGCCGCAAAUGCUAGCAAAGAAAAUAUGAUUCCAUAUUUUCAGACGAUCGUUGAAAACCUCCGCGGAUAUCUCACGGAGAAACAGAGUACAGAAACUAUGUGCUUGCAGAUUCAAGCCGUAGAUACCCUGGGAGUGCUGGCGAGAACGAUAGGCGACGAUCAUUUCCGACCGCUAGCCGAAGAGUCUUUGAAUCUCGGAAUGAAAUUGAUGACCGAAAACGAUGAUCCUGAUUUGAAAAAAUGUGUUUACGGUUUGUUCGCGUCGAUUAGUUCGGUAUUGAAACAAGGCCUGGGUGCAGUUCUGCCACGAAUCGUCGAACCCAUGAUACAUAGCAUACAAAGCGCAGAGGGAAUUGUGCCACACUUCAAGGAUGAUGAAAAUACCGCGUUUCCAGUUUACGAGGAUGCAAGUGAGACGGAAGAAGAAGAGGACAUUGAAAAUACCGACAACGAGGACGAUUACGAUGACUUAGCCGGCUACGUAGUCGAAAAUUCCUACGUUGAGGAAAAGGAGGAGGCAAUCCUCGCGUUGAAAGAGAUUGCUAAGAACACGGGAGAAGCGUAUUUGCCAUACUUGGAAAGAUCGUUUGAAGAAAUUUUCAAACUCAUCAACUACCCACAAGAGGAUAUCAGAAAGGCCGCGAUUGAGGCCCUGCUACAAUUCUGCAUAAGUUUUUCAAAGAUAAAUACAAACGAGGGCAAAGUAGCCACGCAAAAGGCACUCUCGGUAUUUGUACCAAAGUUGGCGGAGCUCAUUAGAUUAGACGAAGAAUGCAUCAUAGCCAUCGCUGCGCUUGACGCUUAUUCCGAACUCCUCAAAGAAUUAAAAUCUGACGUUCUCAUUCAGGACGGUCACAAAGAUGCGAUUAUAAACUGUAUUACUGAAGUCAUGACGGGUAAAACCGAAUGUCAGGACCAAGAUGAGACAGAUGGCGACGAGACCGAAGCCGAACAAGACGAGCUAUUAAUUGAAUGCGCCGGCGACGUUUUACCAAGUUUUGGUAAAGCCAUGAAGCCAGAAGAUUUCCUUCUCUACUUCCAAGCACUGCUUCCUCUUUUCCUAGCCAAAUUGCAAAAGAACAAAACGGAGGCGCAAAGAUCAUUCGGUAUCGGUACAAUAUCCGAGUGUCUCUCAGCCCUGGGACCGACAGUAGCAAACUUCGUGCCGCAACUCCUGCCAAGGCUGCUAAAACUAUCGACAGACCCAAACGCUGAGGUUCGAAACAACGCGAUUUACGGAAUCGGAGAACUAGCGUUACAUGGAAAGGAAGCCGUCUACCCACGUUACCCGGAAAUUCUUCAAACGCUUUCGGAAGCGAUAGGGACAGAGACUCAUGGAGGAACACGUGACAACAUCGUCGGUGCGAUCGCGCGCCUUAUCAUAACGAAUCCCACCAUCGUACCACUGGAGCAGGUAUUCCCAGUUUUCGUAGGGCAGCUGCCUCUUCGCGAAGACUUUGAGGAGAACAAGGCGGUGUUCAAGAGCGUGAUGGUGCUCUACGAGAACGGACAUGACGUUAUCAAAAACCACAUUCCGAGUCUCCUCAAAGUAGCGGUGAGCAUCGUUCACGAGGGCAGAGCAAUGGACGACGAAUGCAAAGAGAUCGUGACGAAAUUUCUAAGGGUAACACAAGCCGAUUUCCCGACCCAAUGGAACGAAUUAUUGGCUAGUCUUCCGCCGGAAGUAAGAGCCGGUUUUCAGUAAACGCUGUUGUUUAACGUUUCACCAUUAUAGGCUGUUUAAGGAAAGAACAAAAAGAAAAAAGAAACAUGAAAUAUACCGCGAGUUUUCCUGACAGCGGAACGAUUCCGUGCGCUUCAUUCGGGCAAUUGGUGUUACGGCUUAUGUUCAGGUUGAGCUCUUAAAUCGUUGGGUUGUUAAAAAAACUCACGCUAUAUAUAUCACGUCGUAUUGAAGACUUGUUUUUUUGUUUUUUCUCGUUUGCCUACGGCAUGACAAUUUUUUUGUUAUUUACAAGACAGCUCAAUCUUUGGAGACAGCUGGCUUCUCGAGGCACGUUCUAUAAUAUAUUUGUUAAAGCAUACAAUCGAGCGAGAUCACGUUUCACCCGCCACGAUUAUUUUAUGUUUCUUGUUGCUGUUGAUUUUCGUAAUUUUUCUUACUGCUUUAAGCACGAAUAUAAAGUAAUAUAUUGAGAUUUCGUGAUUUGUGUGCCUUCUGCAUUUAAGUUAUAUAAUUAUUAGAUUUAGAUUGAAGUUUUACUCAGCGGUUUUUCAUUAAUUAAGACUAAUUUUCAUUUGUUCGAACCGGUCACCAUGUCCGUUCGUAUCUAUUGAAAAACUAUCCGAAUCAUCGAUAAUACUUCUUAUCGAAAUAUGGUGAUUCGUGUCUAUACCGCACCUAGAAUAACAGUAUCAUGAAAACUGGAAAACUAAUUGCCCAUCAUCGUUACGCUCUACUUGUUCUAGGUUUUUUUUUUUUUUUUUAUUUAAAUUUAAAUGUAUUAUUACAUUUUAUGCUGUUGCAAUGUCCAAAAAUACCUUUUAUAUAUAAAACAUUAUUAUAUAUUGAAUAUACAUUGCACAUGUACGUAUAAUUAAGUAUUCAUGAAAAACGAAUGUGUAUCACAACCGAGAAAAAAAUGAAAGAAAACCGAAUAAAGACGAAGAGAAUUUGCAUAUU